GGUUGCAUAUUCACUAUUCAGUGCGUUUCUUGUUGUAUUGUUUGGGAAGGCAAUGCGUUUGCCGCAAUGGUCGUUAACCUCUGAACGACCCUGUUCAGAGGCCACGCCUCAAACACCGUCGCAGGCAGUGCCAGAUUGUGGCCGGAGGAUGGCGCGCAAGGACAAUCCAAGAGAUGCAACCCGGGCCCCGCGAGCGCCCUGCCCAGGCGCACUCCCAGGCGCGCGCCCCUAACAUCCCACCCAGAUUUCCUACUUGUGCACGAGUUUACCUCUGGAGGUCAUCAAGCAGGAUUUACGACUGGUCAACAAAAGCACGUGAUUCUCAGCCUUAACCCAUAUUUGGGUGCCUACGUAAGAGAGAAUCAAGUACACGUUCUACUCAUUUCCCUAAUUCAUCAUAAAUUGUGCAAGGGUGCAAUAGAAGAAGCAAAAGCAUCAAGAGCCACAAAUCAAGCACACAGGUUACUAUUUUCUCCAAAAAUAAAACAACAAAUACCUGCUAAACAACAGUAUUUGAAUAGUCAAUCAAUGAGCUCCUAUUUUGUAAACUCAUUCUGCGGUCGUUAUCCCAAUGGCGCCGACUUCCAGUUACAUAAUUAUGGAGACCACAGCUCAGCAAACGACCAAUACAGGGACUCAACGAACAUGCAUUCCAGCAGGCACGGUUAUGGCUACAACGGGAUGGACCUCACUGUCGGUCGCGGUAAUGGGCACUUUGUGGCCAACGAGCGGGCACAGGGCUACUCCCCGAACCAGUCGGCGGCGGCAACAACGUCCUCUGUCGAGCCAUCCAGGUACACCCAGCCCGCGAGCGCCACUGGGACGGCGCCCCUCUCGCCUGCACCUGACCCGUUCCCGUGCUCCUCCUCUGUCACAAGCUCGUCUCCGGUCAGCGAGUCUCAACCUCAACACCGAGCCAUAAAGAACUCCAUAACUAUCCCCUGCGCGACCCCGAGCUCGAGUUCGAACGGAGGCACGCUGUUGAACCAGGAGUGUGUGUCCAAAGCCUCCCCCCUCCUCGAGGAAGAGAAGCCCGCUGGAAGAGAGCAGACAACUUCCCAACAUUUCACCGACGGUGCCCAGCCUCAGAUCUACCCCUGGAUGAGGAAACUGCACAUAAAUCAUGACAGUCUCACUGGACCAGAGGGGAAGAGGGCGAGGACAGCAUACACGCGCUACCAGACCCUGGAGCUCGAGAAAGAGUUCCAUUUCAACCGGUAUCUGACCCGCAGACGGAGGAUCGAGAUAGCGCACGCGCUCUGCCUAUCAGAACGCCAGAUCAAAAUCUGGUUCCAGAACAGAAGGAUGAAGUGGAAAAAGGACAACAAACUGAAAAGCAUGAGCAUGGCAGCGGCAGGGGGUGUAGGGUACCACCGUCCCUGAUAUUUGGUUCCCCGAUGAGCUCUAAUAAAAUAAUACAAAGCUUGGAAGAACUUCCAUUCACUUUUACAUUGCGAAAGACUUUCCGAUGGCUGUUUUGGGACAGUGAACAUGCAGUUGUCCAUACUCCGGCCUUUUCAAAAAUACUUUCCUCUAUAGUUAUAUUUAUUUUGACCGUGAUAAUGCUUAUGUGAGUAAAAAAAUAAACAUUCUGUACAUUGUUUGUCUUAGGACAAACCAAUGGGAAAUACAUGUUUGUUAACUUAUUUCUUGUUCAAAAUAGAAUAAACUCGAAGUUACCGCAAAAAAGUCCAUUAACUAUCCAAUAAAAGUUGUGUAGCCUAUUGCACUUGUAAAACAGUAUAGAAACUCGAAUAAUUAAUGAGUUGAUAAAAAAUUGUGUUGCUUUUGUGUAUAGCCUUUGUUUUAUAUGUAAGUAUGUAUUUAUUUGUUCAAUGUAUUGUACCAAACUUAGAUAACUUGUUCCUUAUUGUAGACAGACUUAUAAGCCUUACGCGAUUGUUGUGCGUUGUGAACACGUGACGGGAUCGCAGUUCUGACCCAUUGCGUGGAGCUGUACCUUUGUAUCCUUUUACACGAGCUACUGUAAAUCUGUUCACCUGGCGCAGCUUCUUAGAAUGUGUGUUUCUGUCUUGUACGUUCCCCUCUAUUUUGGAUGUGAAGGGUUCCAUAGUGGAUCCCAUUGCCUAAGUGUAUAGCUUCAUCGUGCUAUACGCUUUUUGUAAAUGUUUUUAAAGAAUGACUGGAAAUUGAAAAUAAUAUUAUAGUGAUGAUGCUGAUUAUAAUAAACUUUC